GAAUUAUCGAAUUAUCAUCCAACAACAUCAGUUAAUUUCAUUUGUUUUUUGUUCCGAAUUAUUCAACAACAGCAAAAUUAUAAGAAUUAUUCCCAAAAAACUAUUAAGUUUUUUCGUUUGUUUGUUUUUUCGUUUCGGUUCGAAGUGAUUGAUUGAAAUUUUCUUGUAUAAAGAAAUAUUGUUGCAUCAGAAAAAAUAAUAAUAAACAACAGAAGAAGGUAAUACAAAAUGGCAACUAUUGCUGCCAAACGUAUUAAACGUGAAUUUAUGGAAUUACCACAAACGGAAAAUGAACCAAAUAAAUUAUUCCAUAUUGAACCGGUUGAUAAUAAUUUGCUUAAUCUAACUGGUUAUGUUAUCGGACCAUCAGAAUCAUUAUUUGAAGGUGGUCGUUUUAAAGUUGAAAUCAAAAUUCCUGAAACGUAUCCAUUCAAUCCACCGAAAGUACGUUUUACAACUAAAAUUUGGCAUCCAAAUAUAU